CAUCUUUUUAUUGGAGGGGAGGAGGCCAACGCAGCGCUGUGGAUCUAGUAUCUGUGUUGCUACAGCAACACAUAUUAAAUUACAAAGGUGGACUUUACACUGGGGCGGAGGACAGACGUCGGCUUCAUACAGUAAAACUCCUUCCUGAAAAGAAACGCAGCAACUGCUCAAAUGGCUAAAUUCUUCACACCAGUUCAGAUCAAUGAGAUCAAGGAGUGUUUCUCCUUGUAUGAUAAGAAGCGAAAGGGCAAGAUCGAUGCCAGAGACCUGAUCACGGUCAUGCGCUGUCUGGGGACGAGCCCCACGCUCGGCGAAAUUGAAAGACAUCUACAAGUUCACAAAAUCGAGAAGACGGGCGAGCUCGACUUCUCCACGUUCCUGACGAUGAUGCACAGACAAAUGCAACAGGAGGACCCCAAGACAGAAAUCCUGGAGGCCUUGAGGAUGACGGACAAACAGAAGAAGGGGUACAUUCAGGCGUCGGAGCUGCGGGCAAAGCUCACCAAGCUCGGGGAGAAACUCACAGACAAAGAGGUGGACGAUCUCUUCAGAGAGGCGAACAUCAGGUCCAACGGGAUCAUCAACUACGAAGAGUUCACCCAGAUGGUGACGCUGCCGCCCGUGGAUUAUUAGGUUCAUCCUCUGGAGAGAGAAGCGACCUCACAGGCUUAGCGUGUCCAUGUGUAUGUUUAGACAUGAGCUAACGGCGUGUGCAGAGCUCCACGUGCUGCUGUGUCCACACUAACUCAUCUUCUGAAUGCUUUUCACUGUGUUUUCACUGGAAACGGGGCUUUGGCCGAAGCAGAACCUUCCGCCUCCUCUCUUUCCAUGUGUCACUGUCAGUUUUCCACAUGGUUUUAUCCUUCACUCUCUUCCUACAUUAAGCCUGUGAUAA